AUGGCAAGCUUCCAGAGCCCAGAGGCGGUCUCCAGUGGAGCCUCACCAAGGCCCCCACCAAGAUCGCCACGCCACAUUGAGCUCGAUGGGCGGACCCUCGAGGGAGGCGGACAAUUGGUUCGCAACGCAUUGGCUCUGUCAGCCCUAACAAGCCGCCCAGUGACGAUAGACCAUGUCCGCGGAAACAGAGGAGGGAAAACAGGCCUGAAGGCUUCCCAUGCAGCGGCGGUCAAACUGUUGGCCGAAAUCAGCCGCAGCAAAGUUACUGGUGGACAAGUGGGAUCAAAAUGCGUGACAUUCGAACCUGAAGCCCCAGCAAGUGAGGAGUCGGCCUUAUCGAAAACAGCUCAUCAAUCGUCUUUGGUUUCCUUGGUGGGUUUGUCUGUGCAGCCUGAAUAUACCAUCCGGCUACCGACACCGGGGUCGGUAUUCUUGAUCUUCCAAGCCUUGUAUCCCUAUCUUCUUCACGUUGGAUCACGGGCAAAGACGGAUUGUGUGAAAGUGACAAUCACGGGUGGAACAAAUGGUACCAGCUCGCCGUCUUACGACUAUGCUUCUCAAGUCAUGGCGCCCAAUUUUGCACGGCUUGGUCUUCCUCCUCUUUCCAUCGAUCUACAUAAGCGCGGAUGGACGGUCGGCCCCAUUGAGAUGGGGACCGUCACAUUCAAUAUUCACCCCCUGGGCUCAAUGGUGAAUGAGGAGGGUGCCCCCGACACUCGCUUCCCACGGAUUAAUAUAAUGGACCACGAGCGAGGAAAGAUUACGCAGAUCGAUCUCACCGUCCUUGCACCAGACAGCACUGUAUCAGGUGAAACAAAAGCAGUGCGGAAGUUCGUUGAGCAGCAGACUCGCCGACGUUUACGCGAGGCUCUACGGAUUAUGGAUUCAUCGAUUUUCGAUAUCCAAUCGAGUUCCGAUGAUGACUUCGACCGGGACGAAAUUGUGCCCAUAAAACUCCACACAUCGGAGCCCACCACGCACAUGAGUCGGGUUUACAUUCUUCUUGUGGCUCAUACAUCGACGGGGUUCCGAAUAGGAAGUGAUGCCUUAAUCGGUGGCCAAUGGGCUUCGGGCCCCCCAAAGAGGAAGCACAAGAGCAACAAGGAAGCACCCAGGCACCAUGCAAAAGGUAGCAACCCGUCUAAAGACAUAGCGAAUAUCACAAGUUACAUUGAUGCCGUACUUGAAGUCUUUAUCGAAGAAGUAUUCACCGAAGAGAUCUCUGACCAGCGUCGCGAUUUAUCCAGCGCUACGGAUACAAAGCCAUCGCUCCUGGAUUUGCACAUGAGAGAUCAAAUUGUGGUGUUUGAGGCUCUAGGUGAGGCUCACGGGGCUAGCAAUCAUGAGGCUAAAUCCCGGCAACGGGAAGGUGAGCAAUACUGGUCAUUGCAUACCAGGACUUCGCAGUGGGUGUGUCAGAAGAUGUUGGUAGAUUCGCCCGAGUAG